CUCGCUUCAAGUGCCAUCAUCAGCACGUCCAGUCAUCCAAAUCACCAUUCACUCUCUCCCUUCACACUCUUUCAACUCUCCCUCCCUCUCGUCCACCCAAUUCGCAAUCCCGGCACCACGGUCCAGAUUUGCAGAAACACCUGGAUUGUCGCCACGCUGGCCUCAGGUGUUUCUCUGCCAUCCGUGGCCACAUCACACUUGCAACUUCAACCUCACCUAUACCUUUUCCACCGACGUCUUCCAAACGGGGUAAACGCCUGCUUCAACUGCCUUCUGAACACUUGUGCACUUGACCUUCACGUCGAAGCAGCCUAUCAACCUUCCUAACAACAUCAGGGUUCACGCUUUCGGCCCGUCGACACAGCCCACAGACGCUCCUCCUUCCCCGCCGCUAUCGACUUGCAUCCUCUACGGAUGCCACAACGACACCUUUCUGCCAUCCAAACACUGCUCGUUGAACCAGAAAAACAGAAAAGCUUCGGAGGCCACAAUCAGGAUUAAUAUUGAACCAAACUACUCCACGGAUUAUCCACACUGGAGUCUCAGACACGAAACAGCAUAUUGUGAGUACAGUCGACAUCUGGUUUUGUACAUCUUAGCUUUUGGGGUUUCCAUAUCUACUGGAACGGCAUCGUGCGUGUCAUCUGCUUGCUUCCCCCGGCUGGUCCCAGAGUUCAUAUAUCCACCAUGGCCUCCACCACCAUGCCACCACCUCCCACUCCCUUCGCUCAUCGACGAACCCAUCGACUCAUAAACAAGAGCCAUCCUUUGUCACCUCCUGCAUCACCCGAGUCACCAGAAUGCAUUCUGCGUAAAAUGUCCCUGGCUAAAGGCGCUACUUUUCACUGCUCAUCUUCUCCCUCAAAGGACGAUGAUCCAGUCUUGAGCGUUCCUCACUUGACCCGCCGCUCUCCGACAUGCUCGCAGUCUACUCUGACUAGCUGGCUAUCCGAGAAGGAAGACGUCGCAAAGUCUAUCGCUGACUUUGAGGAGACCUUUUCGGGCGCUCGUGGAAAACGAUCUGCGGCCAGGCGCAGCUCCUCUCAGAACUUUGAUCAUCAGGUCUGGGUGCGACGUGCCGCUCUACCAUCCGACGAAGGUUUGGGCACAUCCGUUAGCCCCGCCAGUGACAAGGGUCUGUCUAGGUCCUUUGAAAGAGCUUUGGACUUGUUGUCGAACAGGGAUAGUGGGUUGGGGUCUUCGAUCAAGAGUGACUCAGCCGAGCGAGUUGUGGGACACACCUCUGAAGAAGACGGUCUUGUUCAAGACUUGAUUCAAGAAGCUGACUCUUCAGAAACGACCUCCCGCCGCCUCAGGCAUCGGGGCGAUCCUUCAACCUCUAGAUCCUCCAACGCUACUCCUCCUUCUGCCGUCACCGAAAGUGUCGCACCUCGCCUUUCCAGACCGAACCUCCGUCAUCCACCUCUCACUGUCUCCGCCCGCAAUAAACUCAAGAAACAUAUAAUCUCGCCCAUUCUCGAGGAGACUCGCUUUGAGAACUUUCAUCCUUUUGUUACCGCCCUUGGAUCCAAGGCUAACAAGAACAUUAAAUGCUUGCGUGAUCUGGAACAGAGCCUCAUCUUCCAGCCGCUGGUAAGCACAUUGAUCGACCAAGAUCUCUCAGAGACUGACGCUGCCCACAAGACCUUUGCCAUCUCGAGGCAUCUUUACCGCGCCUUCGGCGAGUUUACUAUCCAGCUCGUCGUCGACGCUUAUCAACAUCUCUCUGAAUCAGAACAACGACGUGCCUCUGACCGACCUUACGACAACGGUUACUUCCUUGACUUGGUCCAGCAAGUAAACCAACUCGCCUCUCACAUCGGAUCCUCCAGCCGCGACCCGCAGUCUGAAGGUGCGGAGGACAACGACGAGAUGUCUUACUCCAUCGAUGACAAUGUCACCUUGGAGGGUGGCCUCGGUGAGACUGGCAACUAUGCCGAGCUUGUUCGUUGGAAGAAUGGCAAGCCUCUUUCUCUACGUACUGGUGAACUCUAUGAACCAAGUCCAGGGAUCAAGAGGCAGAGCAGCAGUGCUCACGAUGAAGACGUUGAACGCUCUAUGGCUCGCAGAAAGAAGGGUUAUAUCCCUGAAAUUGUCGAGAUGAAGUGUUCGGACCCGACUUGCGACAAGGUCUUCACCCGAAAGUGUGACCUGGCUAAGCAUGAGAAGACUCAUUCUCGUCCUUUCAAAUGUCCUGAGGAAGGCUGUAAAUACCACGAAAUGGGUCUUCCAACCGAGAAGGAACGUGAGCGCCAUUGGAAUGACAAGCAUUCCAAGAACCCUCAGUUCUACAAGUGCGACUACUGCGAAUUCCGCACCAAACGCGAGAGUAAUUGCAAACAACACAUGGAGAAGAAGCAUGGCUGGCAUUACGAACGUGCGAAGGGCAAAGAUAAGGCCGCAAUCGGCUCCGGCAAGAUGACGCCCGCACAAACUCCUCAGACUCCAAGCAUGGACUACUCUGCUAGCCCUGCCAUCUCGACCAGUCUCCACAGCCACUGGGAUGAUGCGAGCUCUAUCUCUGGUAGCAUUGCUGGUAGCGCUGUAAUCACUCCCUAUGAGCAGCCGCUGAAUAACUUUGAUACUUAUCAACCUGCUCCCGUGAGCUACUCGAACCCGAUUUUCCCCAGGAACUCUUCGUCAAUGUCGUACAAUCAACGGGUUGAUGAUUUCGACUUUAACAAUGCCCCAUUCAACAGCACCUUCCAGCCGGCUCAGGCUUACAUUUCUCCCACCACGACGACUCCCAUGAGUGCAGUCAACAUGAUGGGCACGCCGAUUACCCCAGCAUACAGCAACAUCACCGAGCCAUCCCCCUACGACACCUCGAUGGAUCUUAUGAUGGAUUGCACCAACCCAACUGUUUUCAACGAAGGUCUUCCCACUCCAAGCUCCUUCUUGGUCCCUCAGUCUCGCAACCCAUCAAUCUCCGAGCACUCUCCCAUGGUUGCAGGACCAUCUGGCCAGCCCUUUGGUAAGGCUCCAAUGAUGGGUCAGGACUUUGACUUCCCCGUCGAGGACUUUUCUCUUUUCGGUGGUCAAGACAGCAAUGCGUUUUCAAACCCGGCUGCUGCGAGUGCGACUCUCUUUCCCGGUGGUCCAGAGGCUUUCGCCGCCCUGGACAACGACCCCAUGUUCGACGAGUCCUACAAUGACGACGAGCUUUUCGACUGGGAUAUGACGAAUAAUUAGAAUGUUCAUUAUUGGCAGGUAGGCCAAGGUCUCUUGAGGUCACAGACGACCUGUUAGAUUAUGCGAAGAAAGCUUCGCUGACGAUGUGUAUGAUUGUUUGGAUGGACGGUUUAUUUUCUCGGUUGCUUUUCAUUUCACUACUCCACCCGUCUCACCCUGAAAACCCGAGAAAAAGAUGGAGGUGUCGAGACCAAAAUUGAAGAAGAAGCGACGCACUCUAAGCGACGAUGUGACGAAUAAUUUUAUGGACUUUCAAUUCUCGGGAUGAACAGGAAUUGGGCUUGGAUUCAGAUUGACCUAUGAGAUGGGCACCUCAAACAGGUUAGAACACGAGUAUGAGAGAGGUCUCUGGAUAGCCAUUCACAGAGACAGGGUUUCUAUUCCUACUUGCCCGUAUUCCUCAUUAUUCUUUGACAACACUAUUGUUCACGGCGAUGGGGAGAAUGGAAAUUGGAUUUCGCAUAGGACCAUGCUACAACCGCAAUACCAGUAUCAUCUCUAUCCUCAUCUCUAUCCUCAUCUCCAUCCUCUCCUACUGAAAAAGCUGUUUCCAAGAAAUUACUUUCCAAGAAUGUGUCUCCGUUGUGAAAAUAUUCUGAUUUUAUAGAAAUCUGCCCUCAAUUGUAGCCUGUUAAGAAAAGAGUGCCGAGGACGUUUUGGAUAUUUGUACCCCCGUUUUGUUUAAAACCCCGUAGAUCAUAUCUCUCCCUCAGAUGUCCCACC